UCAGCCGAGCGGAAAAUAGAACGUUAACGUGUUCUUGUUUUAUCAUUUGCAUGUAACCUGCGUUAGGCUAUACCGGUACCGGUAUUGUUGUGCCAAUUUUAUCUUAUUUAACAUUAACAGUGUUUUAUAGUAGCUGUUACUAAAGAUCUGGAGUCAUAAUAAUAUACGGCACUGUUGUGUUGUUGCACCGGUAACUCCGGACUAUCCAAAUCCAACGAGUGCAAAGUCCGAAGUUCAAUUUUCAGGGAAACAAGAUUAAAUAUUGACAAACUAGAAGUCAGCUCAUUAGCCUCAAUACCUGAAUACCGUAGGCCUACUCUACUCUAGUUCUGCAUGCUGUUCUGUAGUAAAUUGGUUGUAGUUCAAGACUGGAAAAUAAUCGAACUUUAAGAUGUUAUCUGUAACAGAUUCUCAAAAAAUAGGGAUUGGUCUCACUGGAUUUGGCGCAUUUUUUCUCUUCAUUGGAAUGAUAUUUUUCUUUGACAGAGUACUACUUGCUUUUGGAAAUCUUCUAUUCAUCAGCGGUUUAUCAUUUAUCAUCGGGUUGCAAAGGACAUUCAAUUUCUUUUUUCAAAAACAUAAAAUCAAAUCAAGCGGAUUCUUUUUUGCUGGGAUUUUGAUAGUGUUGUUUGGAUGGCCUUUGAUUGGAAUGCUUGUUGAAACAUAUGGAUUUUUCUUACUAUUCAGUGGUUUUUUUCCUGUUAUAAUCAAUUUUUUGAGGAGGUUACCAAUAAUUGGAAAUAUUCUUGCCAUUCCUGUAAUAAAUAAGCUGUGUGAAAAGUUAGAGGGGCAGAGUUCCAUGGUUUGAUGUUAAUUUUUGCUAGAUCAUUGUUUUUUUUAUAAUUUGACAAUGGUGCUUUCAUCCAACUUGGUCUGACGAAAUGCCUCCACAAUGGCAGAAUUUCAAUUUUUAAAAUGAAGGUUGUGCUCUAAUAAAAAAUGGGUAACCUUAAUAUUUUGUUGCAUUUUAUAUUUAUAGGCAAUGAUUGAAAAAUAUUUAUUUAUGAACUUUACAACUUACAACCAAUGCAAUUCAAACUUCCAUAUUCCAAUACUAUUUAAUUUUUGGGAGGAUAAUUUUCAGAUUGAAUACAUGGGUAGUCAUUAAGCUGUAACUUUUUUUGCUAUGGAGUAAUAAGGAUGUGCCAUAUCUGUGUCAUGUUUGGGACGUAUAUAAUAUUAGUUAAUAUCUCGUUUCUGAUUGCCUUUUCAAUUAAAUAUAUUCUGAUAUACAUCUUGGCUUUUUAACACAUAAGGAUAAUGUGAAAUAUUCAAGAAAAGCAUCAUGAAACCUUGCAUCCUCUCUACAGAUUAGGAACCAAGGCUGUGUGUUUGUUUGGUAGCCCAUAGACAUAAUCCAUAAGAAAGACCAACGUGCAUCUUCCAAUUUACUAAUGUAAAGUAAUGUUUAUAUAUAUACAAUAUCUGUAUUUUAACAACUUUUGCAAUAAAAUAAUUAUCUUCAUGGCAUGCGUAACUGCAGCGAAGUUGUCCACCCAUUGCGCUGCUUCCUUGCCAUGCAUUCCAGAUAACUUUCGGAAGACACUUAAUGUUGGACAAAU